GCUUUUGGACAGAUCUUCUUACUACCACUCUUAAUACGGCUGAACAACUUCUCGCUCAUGCGUUCACUUGACAUUCAUGAAGAUCCCACGUUUUUCCCGGAGGUUGCUGCGAAGGUUACGGAAGACAAGUCUGAGGCUGAGAGCACUUCGGAUAUAAUCAAGCGGCUGUUAGAUGCAAGGUCUGAUUCUUCUAGCAAUGGGUUUUGCUUCAAAGGGAUCAAAGACUACCUGGACUGCUACCGGAGUGGGAAGCUGACGCCAUCUCAGGUAGCAAAGAACAUCAUUGCCAUGCUGGAGGACUGCGACAAAUCCACGCCCCCACUCAGAGCGAUAGUGCAAUGGGACCAGGAACAAAUAAUGCUGAUGGCUGAGGCCUCCACUGCUCGUUACAGAAAUAAAUGUACCUUGUCUUAUCUGGAUGGCAUCCCAGUGUGUCUGAAAGAAGAGUUCAAAGUGGUACCUUACCAUCACCGAGUGGGAACAGUGUAUCUUGGGACAGAGCCCGAAACAGAAGAUGCUACUGUGACCAAGAAGCUGCGAGAGGCGGGAGCUAUCGUUAUUGGGGUCUCAAACAUGCAUGAGCUAGGGACUGGAACAACUGGAUGCAACCCUAAUAGGUACCACAAGAUCCCUAGGAAUCCCUACGAGCCUAACCACUUCACAGGUGGGAGCUCCAGUGGGUCAGCAGCAGCUGUAGCAGCAGGUCUCUGCCCGGUGGCUAUUGGCACAGAUGGAGGCGGCUCUGUGAGGAUUCCUGCUUCGUUCUGUGGUGUGGUGGGGCUGAAAGGUACAUUUGGGCGCAUCAGUUGUCAUGGCAGCUUGCCACUCUCCUACUCUACAGUCAGUGUAGGCCCUAUCUGUACCUCAGUGGCAGAUGCAGCCAUUGUUUACAGUAUCCUUGCUGAGCCAGAUCCCCUCUAUCCAUAUGGCCUAAAACAGCCCAAAGCAACCCUAUCUGGGAUGUGUGCUCCUGACCUGAAAGGCUUAAAACUGGGAGUGGAUUGGACAUUUUUUAAGGCAUGUGAUGCUGAAGUCCUGUCCAUCUGUGAGAAAGCUGUGCAGCACCUGCAGAGUUUGGGAGCCAGUGUGGUUGAAGUGUCUCUUCCAGAGAUAGAGGAAGUGCGAGUAGCACAUGUGAUCUGCAUUCUCAGUGAGAUGAGGGACUUCCUGCAACCUGACUUCAAUAAACAUUUCCAGGAAAUGAAUUUGGACACUCGGGCUAACCUGGCCUUGGCUUCCCAGUUCACAGCUCUGGAUUAUAUUACGGCGAAUCGACAGAGAACUCGGAGCAUGAGAUUUUUGCAAGAGGUCUUCACCACUGUGAACUGUAUCCUUACACCAGCUGUUGCUUGCACUGCCCCAAGAAUCUAUGAAUCUGACCUCUUGACUGGGAGCAGCGAUAUGUCCUUCACAGUCCGUUCCAUGAGGUUCGUGCAGCUUGGUAACUUCACUGGGAUUCCAGGCCUUGUGGUCCCCAUUGGAUAUUCUACUGCUGGGCUUCCCAUCAGCAUCCAGGUCAUGGCAAAAUGGUGGGAUGAAGCUGUUCUCCUGAGGAUUGGCCUGAAGCUAGAGCAGUUCCGUUACCAGACCAAAAAACCAUCCAUUUAUUACGACAUCCUUGCAUGA